ACAAAUAUGUGUAUUUUAUUGCAGUAAAAGCAAAACGUAUUAUGACAUUGACAGUUAAAAUGUCAUGUAGAACUAAAAAAAGGAAAAAAAUCUUAUUUUCUCCCAUUUUUUCAUAUUAAAUUAUGUUUCAUAGCUAAAUAUUUGAUAUUAAAUGAAAGCCCUGAAUAAAAUGAUAUAUAUAAUAAGGGUGGGUGCAUUUAAUAUGAAAGAGGUGAAUUACAGUUGGACAGACAUGUAGCGCAAAUGCCAGGUAUUGUUUACAUUUUGUUUUGUUCACAACGUGUACAUUUGGCUCCGUCCUUAAGAGGUUAAAAUUGAAAGAGGCAAAAAUGUGAUUCUUUGUCAAACUAAUUUGCAUAUGCCCACCCAGAAUCCUUAGCAGUAGUAACAUCACUGCAAAUUUGUGAUUUCUGUGGGAAAAGCAAGUCUUAUGGCUUGACUGGUGUGCAGAUUUUUGUUUAAAGGGACACUAUAGUCACCAGAACAACUACAGCUUAUUGAAUUUGUUCUGGUGAGUAGAAUCAUUAUCUUCAGGCUUUUUGCUGUAAACACUGUCUUUUCAAAGAAAAACAGUGUUUACGUUACAGCCUAGUGAUAACUUCACUGGCCACUCCUCAGAUGGCCAUUAGAGAUCCUUCCUGGGUCAUGGCUGCCUAAAAUGCAUCCAUACAUUCAGUAUCUCCUCCCUCUGCAUGCAGACACUGAACUUUCCUCAUAGAGAUUCAUUGAUUCAAUUCAUCUCUAUGAGGAGAUGCUGAUUGGCCAGGGCUGUGUUUGAAUUGUGCUGGCUCUGCCCCGAUCUGCCUCCUUGUCAGUCUCAGCCAAUCCUAUGGGAAAGCAUGGAGAUUGGAUCAGGCCACCACUUCUGAUGAUGUCAGAGGUCAGAGGAAGUUCACAGGCAGAAGCUUCAGACUUGAAUACAAGUAAGAUUUUACUAUCUUUAUGGAGGCAAAGUGGGCUAGAUAGUGGCUUUAACAUUAUAGGUUCAGGAAUACAUGUUUGUGUUCCUGACCCUAUAGUGCUGCUUUAACAUUGUAUUAACUAUAUAUAGUACGAGAGAGAGAGAGAGAGUGUGCCCUAAGUGUUUGCAUACAUCUGACUUGUUGUACAUGCAUUUAUACAUAUAUAACUGUAUUAACUGCUAGGCUUUAGUGCUUACAAAGGGACAUGAUAGACACCCUGACCACGCCACCUGAUUCAUGUGGUCUGGGUGCAGUGUCCUUGUCCCCCUUAGUCCUGCAAUGUAAAACAUUGCAGUUUUUGAGAAACUGCAUUGUUUACAUUGCAGUACUAACACAGCCUUUAGUGGCUGUAUGAGAACAUCCAGCGUCUGUGAAAUCCCCAUAGGAAAACAUUGAAUCAAUGCAUUCCUAUGGGGAGAUCCUAAUGUGCUCACCACACAUGCUCAUUAGGUCCACUCGGAUGACAACAGAGGAAGUAGAGCCCCAACCCAGCGCAGAAGGCCAUCAGUGUUGGAAUCGGAUAAGUGAAUGUAACAUGAGGUGGAGGGCACAGGGCACUAUAAUUUUAGGAAUACAGCUUUGUGUUCCUAGCACUAUAGAAUCCCUUUAAUUACUGUACCUAUAUCUGAAGUAUAUAAUUUGUUUCUUUAUUUUUGUUAAUAUGGAUCUACUGACAGUCCCUAACUUGUCUUUUCCACUUUAGACCUAGAAGGAGUAGGUGUAAAUCCUUUCUCUCUAGCAAGUAAACCAGGUGCUACAUAGUGCUUAGCGACAUCUAUUAAUAUAGAUGGGAGAUGUUAAGAUUUACAGCAACAUCUAAUUACCAGUGGUUACAUUUUCCAGCAUGUAAAAAGCCAGUAAUCGAUAAGAACAGCAACACACAUUUUAGCUCUUACUGACUUGUUGGUAAAUGAUUGUGACAAGCAUGGAAACAAGCUUCACAUUUUUAUAAAGUGUGAGCAUGCAUUGCUUGCCCACUGUGCACUGAGCACCUCUAAGGGCCCUUUCAGAGCCACCAAAUAACUGUUGUAUUCUUGUAUUAUUUAUUUAUUUAUUUUAUUUCUUUUUUAUUACAUGUUGUAAAAUUUUAUAAGCUUGCAUAUAUUACACAACAGAGAGAGAUACUUAUUGUACAAUAAACUAUGCAACCCUUAAUUUUUAGCUCCCGUAUUCUAAAACCCAAGUAGUCCUGUAUGAGGAUGGAACAGAGCUGAGUAAUGAUUAUUUGAUGAAAAUUCCAGAUAAUACUGAACUUUUGCUGCUCACUGCUGGACAGAAAUGGCAGGGGUGUAAGUAACAACUUUAUUUAUUUUACUCCGUAUAAUGCUAAAAAUAUAAUGUGACUUUAUUUAUUUUUGCCAAUCUCGUUUUUAUUGAAGGUUUUAGUACAGUUUAACAAGUCAGUAGGUGAAAAUAUAGGGUAUACACUAGAAUUAAAGAAAUGUGUACAAAACAAGGCAUAUAACCUGACCCAGUAGUGGCCAGUUAAAAAGUGUGCAUAGAGCUCAGUGCUUAUGAACACUAGAAUCAUAACUUCAAUUGUUCCAAACCCUACUGUAUAUGAAUGGGUUUCACCAAAGUACCCGAGUCUGCAUUAAUUCGUUUAGUGUCAUGUGUUUGGUAGACUGAACAGAAGUAUGCUACCAGUAGCUGGUGAGGUAUGGUCCCUCUACCCUGCCUGUCCCUGUCUCCUGUUUCAUCCCCCUCCCCCUUUGAUCAGUGUGUACCAAGUCUGGGAGAACCUCUUUCAUGCGUGACGCCAACGUUUUGGCAAGCAAUUUAAUGUCACUGUUCAGCAAUGAGAUGGGCAAGACAGUGAUGUGUGCUGCCGGGGACUCCAUCCCAAGGUCGCCCUCCUGGAGCGAUGAGUUAAAUGAGGCAAGGAGGUGUAGAAGCAAAGUAUCAUGGAAUAAUUUGUAGUAUUGUAGUGGGAAUCUGUCUGGGCCGGGUGCCCUUUCCGUUUUCGAGGUUUUAAUGGCGCUCCUCAACUCUUCUAUCGUCAGUUCCCGUUCUAGGUUAGUGGCUGCGUUGGCGUCCAAUUUGUUGUUGAUGUGUGCGGUCAGAUACCGUCGCAUGUCUGCACUCCUUGUGGACGUGCUUUGGGGUCUCUGAGCUGCUGUUAAGCCAUACAGAGAAGAGUAAUAUUUCAGAAAGGUUGCAGCUAUAUCAGAGGGAUGCGCCAGUGCCGUUUUGUGGAUAUGGAAGUGGUCUUGUCUCUUUUUCAGCAUGCGAGCUAGAAACCUCCCACAUUUGUGUGUUCAUAAAUUUUUUUUGGAUUUCUGGAGAGUUUAGUAGUUCUGUUGAAUAAGUACCGUCCAGAGUUCCUUCCUGGCCACGAGCAGAUCUCUGAGAUCGGCAUCAGUCAGUGACCAUUUAUGCCGCGUCUCCAACUCUGAGAACUUCUCCAGGAUCAUCCACAACUGGUCUGAUCUUUGCUUCUUCCUCGACGUGCCAAUUUUAAUGAGGGUGCCUCGGAUCACACUCUUGUGAGCUUCUCAUAUCACAGCCAGUGGCCUUUCCGGAAUGGCAUUCUCAUGAAAGUAGUGCUGUAGGGUCUCCUGGACCGAUUGUUCCACCUCGGCAUCUAGGAGGAGUGCCCCGUUCAUUUUCCAUAUGCGCUCCGUAGGUCGCAAUAGCGGGGAGGCCAUUUGAAGGGAGACUGGCGCGUGGUCCGACCAGGUGAUGUUUCCAAUGUCGACAUCCUUGAGGUGAGUGAGGUGUCCAUGGGAUAUGAACAGGUAAUCAAUGCAGGUUUAGAGAUCAUGCACCGAGGAGUAGUACGUGCAGUCCCUACCCUCCGGUUGCGUGGAAUGCCAGCAGUCCACCGAGUGAAGGCGUCUCAGUGCCCUUCGGAUAAACCUUAAAUGGCUCUGAGGAACUGUGCUCAGUCCACGGAAGGUGUCCCACUCGGGUUCCAGGGUUACAUUAAUGUCACCCCCCAGAACCAACGUCCCUUCGGAGAAGUCCACCAGGAGCCGCAGGGUGGAAGAUAGGAAGGCAUGCUGCCUGGCAUUGGGAUCAUAUACUGUGGCAAAGGUGUAUGGCUGGGAAGCAAUGUGUCCUUUUACGAAGAGGUAUCGACUGUCUGGAUCUGCCUUCUGUUCCAGCAACAUAAAGGGUGUCGUGCGGGAGAAGAGGAUCGCUACUCCCGAUUGCUUGGUGUGAGGGUGGGAUGCAAAGUAGCCUUGGGGAUAACGGCGGUCCCAUAGAAUCAGCUCAGAGUUUAAUUUAAAGUGCGUUUCUUGGAUCAUAGCCACCGACGUUCGGAUUGCCCAUAGCUCCCUGAAAAGGCAAGAGCGCAAGAGCGCAGUUCGGGAAUGUUGAGUCCUCUGGCGUUGAUGGUGUGGACAUGUAGCAAACUGUCCAUCCCAGACCAUCCUCGUUCCCCCGCACUAGGGUCGCCACCCUCCACCAUAUCAUAUAUUAUUGAGGCAAGGCGACAGGGGAAGAGAGGAAAAAAAAGGGGGGGGGGGCCCUUCAGCAGGCGUUGCUUGGGGAUAGCUCUCCAGGGUCAGCCUGCGAUGGGAGGGCUGCGUAAUGACAAAUGUCCCUUUGGUCUGGUACACCUCAGUGCAUCUGGUGUUGCGUCACCCCACCCCUCAUCAGAGUAUAUAAGUCCGGAAGAGUGUGCAGUGUAAUGGUGCAGGGCCUAGGAGACUGUCAGACGUGUGAGUCGCUGUGCUCCCGCAGGUGAGAAAAGUCGUGCCCCCUUUCGGGCUCCCAGUAACGCCCUGUACCCGCCAGUUCCUUCGGGCAAGCGCUAAAGCGGACGCGGGUGGUUGUAUGAGCUAAGGUAAUGGUACGGUGCUACCCCGCAGACCAGCUGGCUUGACGCGGGGCUACCUAUCGUAUAUGCCUGGGAACCAUGUGUGUGUUAUGUCAGCGGGGGUUCCUUGCACUCGUUCCCGGUGCCCCUAGCGGCUUUAGUGGGCGGGUUUCACCGUCAGUCCGAGGGGAAGUAAGGAGUUUGAGUUGUGAGGCCUAAAUGUUUCCGGAUGAACCGUGUGAUGGGUAACUGUGCAGGACUGGAGGAAAACAGUGUCUCCACCCCUCACCACCACCCUCUGUUUAAACAAACAACCUGCGACUGACCCCCUUCCCCGUCCCUCCGGCCCCCCACCCUCAUAACAGGGUCCUGGCUCUGUGCGGGUCACAGUGAGCUAAUAUGCCGCCCUCAGAUGUCAUACUGAUGAAGAGAGAAAAUAUAAGAAAGGAAAAUAAUAGGAGCCCCUCGCCUGAACACAACCAACCCCCCAACAAUAACCAGGCAUAACAGAUAGUAUAUACAAUGUCAGUUUUAAAUCACAUUGAAAUGGAUGCCCGCCAAAUACAAAAUAUCAUGUGCUUGCACACCAGUAGGUGUAAUUAAAUCGGCCCACAUUUAUUCAGGUUGAGGGCCCAUGGGCAUCCGUUAAUUAAAACUGUGAAAUGGGAGAUUAUAAAAAUAAAAUAUAUAUAUAUAUAUAGGUUAAAAAAGAAAAAUGUCCCCCCUUCUUCUCCCUCUAUGGGGUAAGUGGAGCUGUGGUGCUCAUAGUGUGUCCCUUUGAGCUCGCACCUGGAAGAGUGGGCUAAGGUCCCCAUGGUCCCCGCCCCAUGGGCCCUGCACAUAGUAACCUGGUCUCCCCCACCCCAACGUGGCAGCAUGGGAUCCCAAGGGCCAUUUAGUAGUAGCAGCUGAAAGACCAAAAUUAAGAAAAGGUCUUUAGCCCUAAGGAUAUCAAAUAAGGGAGAUAUCUACUAAACAGCACUCUAACUUGGUACCAUUAAAUAUGGUAGUCCUACAAAAGGAUACCAAUUUAGGUAGCUAUCUGCUAUACAGUUGCAAGAUGGAGCUGAAGAUGGAGGAAAUCUUUUGUCUGAAUGAAAUUCAGAUCCAAAAAUAUUGUCCGAAUUUCAACCUAACCUAAAUGUCCAAUGGUCCACAGUUAGUUCGGAUUAGUUUUGGGAAAAGCCACAGGAGUUGCACAGGGCCAAAUCUUUCAACAGAUUCUCGACUAUCUUUUAAACGUUCGUGCUGCACUCAUUGCAUUGUCCCCAAAAGCCUUCUGCAUCAUCCACAUAGUUUUCAUGGAGGAAUGUUCAAGCUUAAUGUUAUAUUUGAUGCAGAUUUGUUGCUCUACUCGUUCAGCCAUUUUGAAUGCAAUGGUCACACAGUACACAUUCAUCUAGCACCCCCACUGACUAGUACAGUGAAGUUGUCACAGUUUGUUUUUGUUUAAUUCUUCAUUUUAGUAGUGCAGAGAUAGAUGUACAAGCUUGUAAAUACAUGACAAGAGUAGGUAAUGUGACAAGGUAAACUGCAAGUCAUGUUGAGCGGUUAGCACUUUUUAAAAAAUUUUUUAAUUAACAUCAAGAGUAAUGUAAUCAUGUCUCAAUACUACACUUAGGCGGAGAGUAAGAACAGAUGGCAAAAGAUAGACAUGGAUAUUACAAACGACGUGUGAAAAAUACAAGCUAGAACUGAGGUAAAGAGCUGCGUGCCAAAAAGCCCAUUACGUGAACAAGUGAAAGCUAUUAGAGUUGAGCGGACACCUGGAUGUUCGGGACUGGCGGGUUCGGCCGCACUUUGAAAAAAAGUGCUCGAACUUGACCCCAAACUGGGACCCGAACCUUUGGGCACAGAAAUGCCUCUAAAAAAAGUCCUGGAAAGGGCUAGAGGGCUGCAAAAGGAAGUAAAAUGUGAGUAAGAGUAGGACAAGUGCCCUGCAAACAAAUGUGGAUAGGGAAAUCACUUAAAAUAACAUGAAAAUUAAAAAUACAGCUGAGCCAUAUAUGGAAUCUUUGAUUUUAGCUUUCGAAAGAACAUAAAUCAAAAUCUAAAGCAUGGGUGUCAGGAGGAUCACCAGAAUUAUCCAUUUGGGAGAGGGUUGGAGUGCAGGGUAUUCUCUUUCAUUGUUCAAACUGAGCUCAACUCCUAAUGCAUGGAGAAAAGGCCUUCACAAGCCUCUGCUAUUGUGUACAUAGUUUAUACUAAGUGACCCAUAGAUUGAGGAGGCGGUGACCUUGGCGGUGUAGGUGGAAGCGGCGGUGGAAGAGGAGGAGGUAGCCAACACUGUUUUUUUAUAUAUAUAUAUAUAUAUAUAUAUAUAUAUAUAUAUAUAUAUAUAUAUAUAUAUAUUUUUUUUUUUAAUUGGGGUAGCGCCCAAAAUAUUGGGACAUAUAAAAAAAGACAACUCUGUUCCGCAGAGCGACUGACGCAUGCAUGCUGCAGCUGAAACUCCACUAUCGCCUGCUGCUGCUCGCACAGUCUCAUGAGGCGGUGAACAGGAAGGCUAAAGUUACGCUGCAGCGCAGACAGGCGAGCAGCAGCAGGAGAUGAGGAGGAAGUGUGCAAGGAGGUGUAACGGCGCCUGGCAUAUUACCAAGAGCCACCCUCAGAGGAGAUUGUCAGCAGGACCUUUUUGGAGGUAUAAGCCUAUGUCCUUGCCAAUAGACAGAGGACGACCUCACUGAACCCAGAUGAAGGAAGAAGGGAGCAGAGGGUGCCGGGAAGCACAACCACCCUGGCUCACAAGCUACCAUACAAUGCCUUCAAAGACUUCAAGGAAGCAGAAGAAGGCAUCGAUUACUUUUUACAAGACUUUGAGCUCCAGUGCCUACUCCAAGACGUGGACCUCAACGACUGGGUUACCAUCCUGGCCAGCAAACUAGUGGGGAAGGCAGUGGAUAUUUACCGGGCUAUACCAGAAGAGCCUGUCUUUAUUACCCAAAUCCUCCUGGCCUAGUAUGCGGUCACCCCCGAGCAAUACCGCCGAAAGUUUAUGGAGACCCGGAAAGGGGAGAAGGACUCCCAUGCAGAGUGGGCAUGCCGCAUCACAAGGGCCACCCAGAACUGGCUCAACUCCGAUCAAGCCAAGUUCCCGGAGGAGAUCACCCUGCUCGUCUUUCACUGGGCUUCCCAACGACAAGGCGACAACGCAUUCGUAUGUCAUCCAUAUCAACUUUCAAUGCCAUUUACUGCGCCUACCAUGGUGACCACGGGUAACGGGGAAUUAGGGAUUACAGAGAGGGAAUCUGAGAAACGGCUACCACAUGCAAGAAAUGCAGCAGGCGUGCAAAUGACCCACUCCCGACGUGGGAAGGUAGUGACAUCAAAUAACAAUACAGGACUCUUUAGAGGCCCUGUAAUUGUAAUGAGUCCACUUGAAAUCCUUUAACUCUGAUCAAUUGGAGGGCCAGUCUGGUGCAGAGCGACUGACCCGUGCGUGCUGCAGCUGAAACUCCACUAUCGCCUGUUGCUGCUUGCACAGUCUCUCCAGCAUGUGCAAGGUGGAGUUCCACCUUGUGGGCACGUCGCAUAUGAGGCGGUGAGCGGGAAGGCCAAAUUUAUGCUGCAGCACAGACAGGCGAGCAGCAGCAGGGUGAGAACGCCGAAAACACGCACAGCCGCUACAGUGAAUGUCACAUCCUAUUCCAAGUUGCAGAUCAGUCUGGUGACCCAAUACUCUUUUUACUGAAGCUGCAUCAGGGUCCUUGUAUGUGGCUGCACAAACGCUGGUGCUCAACACCAGGGGGCGUGCGGUUACCCUGCACCAGACCAAUGCAGCUGCUAAUCCAUUCCACACUGUGACUCCUAACUUCAACAUCAGGCAUUCUGGGUCCCGGUCGUCCGACCGCCACCCAGACAGUGUCUGGGUCUCGGUCACCGGACUCUGCUCCUGACUGUGAAAUUGCGAAUGGCUUGUUAAAUCUGUUAUGCUUCCUUUUAUCUCUCCAUCUGUUACUUGGAUAACUGUGGGAAUUCUAAAGAUAAUACAUGCCGACGAGCACUAGGGGACGGCCGCUCUGCUUUUGCACCCUGCUCCCUCUUAUGCUGUGCUGGUGCCUCUGUGCGACCAGUGCCUCUUCCUCCAAACUGCACAUGUCACUCGCAUGACCUUGAUUCCAUGUGGGGUCUAGGACCUCAUCAUCCUCCACAUCAUCUUCCACCCACUCCUCAACCCUGCCCUCCUUGCCGGUCUGCACACUGCAGAAAGCCACAGCAGUUGGCACCUGUGUUUUUCCAGCAUGUAAACUCUGCAAAGGACAUAUGGGAAUUGUUUUAGAAUUGUAUCCAGGCAACAGUUUUCCCUAUAAACUGACCUCUCAGUUUGACUUGUGAGGGUAUUGCCCCCGAAUUACACUAUUGUUAUAUUGGUAUUUGACGCUUCUAUUUGACUGUCAGAUAUGAAGUGCAGGCCGCAAAUGUACUAUUUAGCACCCAAAAAAAUUAGAAUUUGUCAAACUGCGCUGUAACCGCAGUAUUUGAUGCUUCUCUUUGACGCUCAGAUAUGAAGUGCACGCCCAAAAUGUACUAUUUAGCAGAUUAGCAGCAAAACAAUUUAGAAUUUUUACAACUGCGCAGUAAGCGUACAAUUUGACGCUUCUAUUUGACUCUCAGAUAAGAAGAGCACGCCGGAAAUGUACUAUUUAGCAGGUUAGCAGCAAAAAAAUUAGAUUGUUUACAACUGCGCAGUAAGCGCACUAUUUGAAGCUUCUAUUUGACUCUCAGAUAUGAAGAGCACGCAGAAAAUGUACUAUUUAGCAGAUUAGCAGCAAAACAAUUAGAAUGUUUACAACUGCGCUGUAAGAACACUAUUUGAUGCUUCUAUUUGACUCUCAGAUAUGAAGUGCAGGCCGCAAAUGUACUAUUUAGCACCUUAGCAGCAAAACAAUUAGAAUGUUUACAACUGCGCUGUAAGCGCACUAUUUGACGCUUCUAUUUGACUCUCAGAUAUGAAGUGCAGGCCGCAAAUGUACUAUUUAGCAGUUUAGCACCCAGAAAAUAAGAAUGUUUACAAUUGCGCUGUAAGCGCACUAUAUGAUGCCUCUAUUUGACUCUUAGAUAUGAAGUGCACCCCACUAAAAUACUAUCUAGCAGUUUAGCACCCAAAAUUUUUUAAAUUUUAAAACUGCAACGUGACAGCAGUAUUUGACGCUUGUAUUUGACUCUCAGAUAUGAAGAGCACACCCGAAAUUUACUAUUUAGCAGUUUAGCACCAAAAAAAAUUGACUUUUUAAAGCUCCGAUGUAACCACAGUAUUUGACUCUCAGUUAUGAAGUGCACCCCACUAAUGUACUAGUUAGCAGAAUUCUUUCCUAAGCUGUCCCUCACAGAUGCAGCAUCCUCUCCCUACACUAAUAAGAGCUCAGGUGUGUGCGGCGCUACGCGACUCCAGCUUAUAUAUAGAGACUGGGUCACAUACUGCACUGGCCAAUCACAGCCAUGCCAUUAGCAGGCAUGGCUAUGAUGGCUUCUAAGGGCACACAAGUCAAAUGCUUGUUGAUGGGUUGCCCUGCAGCCUUUCAAAACGCGCCAUUAAAUCGCCGAACACCGAACUCCAACCCGAACAUACAGUGAUAGGUCCGUGGUCCCAAAAAUGUAAUGUUCGGUACGAACCCGAACUUUACAGUCCGGGUUCGCUGAACUCUAAUAGCUAUAUCUCAGUGAGGUCAGAUGAAUGGAAUUACCACCAAAACGUAUGUAAACUGAGGUUGGAUCAGUAUCCCUGACGCAUUCUAAACAAUAUUACAUGAUGAAGAAUACAAUUUGGCGUUUCAUAGACCCAGUAAAAACAAAAGAGUGCAGGCUGCUGUGUUAACACAAUAAAGGAAUUCAGCCUAUGCCAUGGGCUUGGAAGGAUUGCUGCAUCUGACCACGGUAACGGCCUAGUGGAGCUUGGCGUAUAUAGUUCCCCAAUCCAAAGCAUUCAGCUCUGGGAUCCAGAGAGUACAUCGACAUGUGCACUGGACCUCUGCACAUAUGAUGAAUAGACCAUCAGGCCAUGAUAGUUGCUCUUGAGGGAUAUCCCCCGGGUGCUUACACAUUGUCCAGCUUGAGACCCCCCCUUUUGAGUUUCCAGCCCAUAAUGUGAGGGGCAGAGUGCUCCAGAGCUGAAACAACUUGAAGUGCUCUUGAGUGGACAGCAAGCCAUAACUGCAAGCUGCGGCCAUUUUUAACAUGUAUUAAUAAAAUCUACAACUUUUAAUCUUCAAGAAAACUGUGCUGGUCAUAUUUACCAUUUGGAUAUCUGAAUUUCCCCCAGACUGCAAGCACCCGGAUUUUACACUUUGAGCCUGUGUGCAAGGAAUUGGUGUUUUUUAUAUAUAUAUAUAUAUAUAUAUAUAUAUAUAUAUAUAUAUAUAUAUAUAUAUAUAUAUAUAUAUGUGUGUGUGUGUGUAUUCAUAUUCUCUCUCUCUCUCUCUUCUUUCUCUCUCUUUCUUUCUCUCUCCCCCCCCCCCAAAGAAAGCAUCCAUGUAAUUUUUAUUUUUUUUUAUUAUUAUUUUUUUUUUAGGGAUAUAUGUGAUAACAGCUUGAAAAAGCUACAUACCUGCUCUCUGCAGCCUUUGCAAGCCCUCCCCAUUUUCCCCAGCCUAGACUUUCAGUCUGUGCCAGGGAAUAGUCAUUGAGAAGCCUUUAUUCUGAAGCCACAAGCAUGCAUGUGAAUGUGGCAUUCCUAUGCUUCUCAAUGAGCUGUAGUGCAGUUCUUUGAAAAGGAUGAAUUCUCUGUGGAGCUUUGGAGUUUGAUUGACAGCCAGGGAGGUCUCGUUUCUGUCCCCAAUUAUAAAAGUGCCAAUUAUUAUUUAUGUUCAUAGAGCCAUCAUCUGAGAAGUGGUGCAAUUCUCAAGGUCGGUUAAUCACAGUGGUAUCAACAGACGCUUUCUAUUGUUGAGUACUUUACUUUUACAAUUUUGCCAGUUUAUAUUAUAACAAUAAAUCUUCCCUGAUAUUUGAUGACAGCGUUCCCUUGUAAAGACUACAAUCUAUCAGGAAACGAAAAGAUGAAAAGAAACAAAACAGAACAAUAUUCUUGUAACCUUGGCAAAGUCAAAAAGUAAAAAGGUACCUAGUAAUAUGCAAAUACAUUUAAUGCAGCAGCAACAACAACAAAAUACUGGGGAAUAUAUUAUAUAGCCAAAGAAUAAAAAUACUUUAGUCAUGAAUAGCCAAAGUCAGUGCACUCUGAUAAGAGCUAAUCAAUCAUCUCGGAUGGAAAAGUCAUUAAUGUAAAUAACAAUAAAGUCAAUACUCUCAGAGGAACAAAUCACUAAUUAAAUAAAGUCUCUGAUGGAAUAAGUCACUGAUCCUGGUAAAUAUUUAUCAUUUUGGAAGGACACAAUGUAGUGUUUUCUACAAAUCAAGGCCAUGUAAUUUCAAAGUGUUGAGCAUACAGAGUGCAUGUUUCAACGUGUAAUCAAUACCAAUAAGGGAAACGGAUGUACAGCAUGUUUACAACCCCGCUUCUAAUAUUCUCUCUCUCUCUCUCUCUCUCUCUCUCUCUCUCUCUCUCUCUCUCUCUCUCUCUCUCUCUCUCAAAUAUAUAUUUUACUAAUGUGACGCACUUUUUGUUGAAAACCGUUUCUUGCAUAGUCUGAUUCACUGAAACACUGACCUUGUUCUUAUGUCUGCUUGGUGCAAAUUUAAAGGCCUGCUAAAAGCACACAUUUCAAUGAAGUGGCCUGCGUGUAGAGGUUCGGUCGUUUUAACUCUGCAAUGUAAAACAUUACAGUUUUGUAGAAACUGCAAUGUUUACAUUGCAGGGUUAAACACAACUCUAGGCUCUGAAUUUUUAUAGGGACGGGGGCACUAUAGCGUUAAGAAUACAAGUUUGUGAUAUGUACUUACUUUAAAAGGAGAUCCCAAAAAGAUAUUGGCUUGCUGGAGGACUUUAUGUGUUAAGAUUGUGUCUUCCUUUUAUCUUUCAGAUAAAAUGCAGAUUUCAUUUGAAAUUGUCACUAUUAUAAAUUAACCUUGUUAUACACUCUUGGCUGUCAAUAAGACAACCGGUCAUGUCACUUCCUGGUUUGGUUAGUGCAGUGUAUAUAAACUCAAGAGGCAGCAAUUGCUCAGAGCACCUUCCAUACAAAGACUUCUCAAUGAGCUGCAUUUGGGAGUUUUUUUCCGCUUUUGCAAGCUGUUUAAAAAAAAAAAAAAAUAAUAAUAAUAUAUAUAUAUAUAUAUAUAUAUAUAUAUAUAUUUUUUUUUUUUUUUUUUAAAAACAUUGUUAAACACAAGUCUGCACACACCAGUCAAGCCAUAAGACUUGCUUUUACCACAGAAUUCUCACUUUAACAGUGCUCUCACUCUUCUGGGUGGGCCUAUGCAAAUUAUCUCAACAAAGAACCACAUUUAAGCGCACCCAGAAUCCCUUGCAGCAGUGAGAGCACUAAGUGAGAUUUAUGUGGUAAAAGCAAGUCUUAUGGCUUGACUGGUGUGUGCAGACUUGUGUUUAACAAUGUCUUAACUAUCACUUACUUCAGGUGGUAGGGGUUUUCAUCCAUACUUUUUUCCCCACCACAACUCUUUUUUGGUUACAUAUAUGUAAUUUAUAAACACACACCUUUUUGGUAUUCAUGACCUUUGUUAUUGGUGGUUGGAAAAAUUUUAUUUUUUGUUAAUAGAUAUAAAAUUAUUAUUAUGUAUUAUUAUUUUUUUCUAACACAUUGUGUUCAUGUAUUUUUCUUUUCUUUUUUUUUUUUUGGGGGGGGGCCAUAAAAGACGUCACGGACAUUGAUCGGUUUCUGAAUGCAUUUUACAAAAGGCAAACGGAUGUUGUGGAAGCGGCACAGAAAUUGCUAUCAGAUGAAAAUGCUCCUGAAAGACAAAAAAUGCUUGCAGAUUUUAUCCAAAAUUUGAAGGAGAAUAUCUUGGCUGAAAGUCGAGAAGAUGAUCAACCAUGGUUUGAAGGUCAGCGUAUCUUUCGUUGUGAAAUAUGAUUUAUUUCAUCUGUUCAUUAAUCAACAACUUCAAUCAUUACGAUACAAAAAUGAGGAUUCCUAGUUUAUCUAGAAGAAUAAAAACUACAUUUGUUUAAUCUCCUGAUCUCUUUCUUUGGGAAAAGGAGACAUAUGAAUGUGCCUUUGAUAGCACAUAUUCUAUUAUGGGACUCUAGGGAGUUUACUGUUUCAGUUGUUGAGAGUAUCUGUGAGGUCCCUGUUUAUGGGUAUGCAUGCAGUAACCAUUCAUUUAUAUUUCAGCGACAUCAGAAUUACUCACCACCACUCCUAAUUUCAGAGAGACACAAUAUAGAGAAGUGAAGUCCAGUUUUUCAGAUAGAUUAGUAGCUCAUGUGUCCUCUUGAGAGCUGUGGGUACAUUUUUACAAACUGCUUUCCUAGAGGCUGCUAGUAUUCCAAACCGUUAUACAUAUGCACACCAACUGCACUUUGAAAUUUACAUGUUCAACAACCUUCUUAAAGGUACAUGCCAAGCAUCAUAGCUAUGGCUAUUUUAGUUGCUCGUCCCUCCAGGUGUCUUUCCACCAUUCCCCACUGUACUUGCUCUCUACUGCAGCGUGGCAGAGCGGGCCUCGGUACCCAGUCUGACAGAAAGCUCCCUCUAAGUGAGCACUUCCCCUUUGACCAGGAAGAGGGAAACAGAGACCCCUCUACCCCGGUCUGGUGGUCACGCUGCUACUUAUUCUGACCGGCAUGCUUCCCACCUGCCAGUCAUCCUGUGACAGCGAACCCGGGCCGGUGAAGUGAUAGCUGUCCAUGUUGACUUUUCUCAUAAUCACAUCUGUGUCAGAAAGGUGCUGGGGAAUUUCCCCCCCCACCCCCAAAAAAAAAUGUAAUGGACUCCAGGCAGAGCUUUCUUGACGUUUACCCUCAGCCAGAGACAAUAUCCCUCCAUAAUGUAAUUACACUUGUUAUACUUUCGUGUUUUUCUUGAUGCUCUCUUCAACCUUAUUGUAUGUUGGUGUUUUGUACUCUGUUAUGGUCCACCCCAGUCAAGAUGACUACUCGUGUAGGACUCCCAGCCAACACCUCUCUACAAAGAACUAUAAUCACUUAGGUGUCCCUUCCAUGCGGUGCAUUUGCCCUACCGGACAUUGUGGAGCUGAAUCGGACAACCAGUUGCCAUCAGGGACUUGUAAGAUGGCGCGUGCGACCGGGAGCUACCCAGAAACUGCAUGGGAUUGUGUAUCGGAUUUCGAGUCUGCUAUCUGGUGAAACUUUACUUGGAUAGCACUCUGUCCAAAGACUAUCAACUAGGGUGCUUUUUGGAAGGGAAACAGGGAGGUGAUGAGGUAUCCAAAGACACUAAGAACUUGAGGGAGCUCUGUGUCCUGUGUGAUUCAGUUAUGUCCCAGACACCAAGGCGCCAGGGUGGGGCAUGUAUUGUGUGCUGUAAACUAGCCUGUUGUUCCUGCUUUUACCCUUCAUCAAGUCAAGUCUCGGCUGUGGAUUGUGAGCACUGACAUAAUGACUCUAAACCUCCUGCACCAGGGAAAGGGAAUACUUGGCGGAGAUACUCAGACUGAGUAUAGGAGCUUUGCCACACACUGUAACAGUUUGGGAAUUUGAAGGAAUAAUAGUUCAUGAACUUGACAACACCACCAAUAGUUAAUAAAAUAUAAUUAUUGCUGCUACUAUGUUCAGAAACCCACGCUCAGUUUCUUAGUAAUCUUUCAAAAGGUCUGUAGAUUGCCUCAUUCAGAGUGAUUUCCUUUAUUGUACAUUAUUAUGCUCAAGUCAACAUUACAGUCUCUAUCACUAAGCAACAGAACAUCUGUCUCUUGAAAAUUUCCACUCUACAGUCACAUUUUGUGAAUACAAAUUUCUUUAAUCCCCUUAGCAAUAUCUCCAUAUUUAUUCAGUUAAACAGACACAAUUACAUAUGAGUGGGAUUUUGUCUGUUUAAAGAAAAGUUGGGAUUAUCUAUGGGGGGCCUCUUCAGAUAGGACUUCUGAAAUUGUCGGGGAGCUUUUAAACAUCAGUGUCGAUACUCCUAACAGUGAUUGCAACAUCACCAGUCCGAGAACAAGAUCUUACUGUGUCACUGUAGUUUUGAAGUGCUUUGCUGCUAUUUAUUUGACAUUAAUACUGCCUUUUUUUCAGAACGGUUUCUUCUUCAUUUUAAUUUUCGCCAUUCCCCAACCAAUAUUUCAUUUGUGGUUACUCAGACAGCUGCCCACUGGCUAGCUUAUCCAAGCCAAGUCUUGUCUCUAACUUUUUGAAAUGUGAAAAUUUCAGAGCACAAUCUCUUGCACAACAUCACAUACAGGCAUCAGUCAUGUCAGUGAUGGCGGUUUGAACAUUCAUUGUAACACCACAAGCGGCUUCUCAAAAUCAAUGACACCCACACAUGACAGUAAAAAGAAGUUGCAUGUGGCUUUAAUUCAUUUGCAUAAGCCGAUAUGUCAUUUUUAUAAGCUGACCAAGUUGCUCUUUAUUUUGCAUGCUCAGGACGUGUCCCAUACAUCUUAAAGUUCGAGCAGGAGAGGCCUCAUUAGUUUGCCAAAUUCUUUUUUUUUGGAGGUAUGGAGUGAAUAAGAAAUCUUCAGCACUCUAACAACUGCAGACUAAGACUUUGAUGCUUGGCAAACCAAUAGGUUUGUUGAAGAUUGCAUUACUGUAAUUUAAGUACUGUAUUUUAAUUAACUGAACAGCAAACUAUAAAAUGUUUGUCUUAUUUUUUUCUUAGGUUUAGAACCUCGAUUCAGAAACAAAUCUAGUUACAUGAGGUACAGCUGUGAAAGCCGGAUUCGAAGUUAUAUGAAAGAGGUAAUGCAUGAUAGUGUUUUUUUUUUUUUAAAUCCUUGCACUAUUUAUAUGCUACAGAUAGAUGGUCUGCGUAAGGCUAACUGAAUUGCAUAUGUAAAGGAGCAGUCUAGUCACCAUAAUCAUAACCCAAACUGAGGGUUGAAGAGGCCCCUGCUCGCUAGAAUUGCUCAUUCAGAAGUGGAACUUACACAUUGGCAGUAUAUUUUAUUCAAGUUUUAAAGCAAGUCAUUUGUUGAGCAGGUCACCAAAUGGGCUGAACCAAAGAAUGGCAUUAAAACAUGGAAGAAAUUGAUAUUGCAUAUGCAGAAGUGGAACCUCCGUAUAGCAAUAGACUAGAGAAAACCUGGCAGUUCUUGCAUCGAUAACGCAUGUUUUGGUCAGAUAGCUUGAAAACGAAUUGACCACAAAUCAGAAAACUAUGUCUGCAGUAUAAUGGCACCAUAAAUGAUCCAUCAUCAUGCAGUGGUUAGGGUGUCUAUCUCCUUCAAAGUGACACAUCAGGUUGUAUUCUACAUUCAAUGUAUUCUAGAGAAUUGUGGAUCUAUACAUAUCCCAUAAAUACCUCCACAGCAGAGAUUUAUGGAAUGCCAGUACAUCUCAGAUUUUUCAUAUACUUAAUGAAUAAGAAGCAGUGAGUAAGUGUAUUUAUGCAUGUGUCACUAUGGAAUAGAAUGUAAUGUGAAUAUUUCAAAUUAGACAAAAGAAAAACCACAAAACAUAAAACUGACAUAAUGCAACCCCCUCCCCCAAAGUAUAUUUUAUUAUUUGUAUGCAUGAUGCUGUAUAAUGUGUUCCUGCUCACAGAAUGCAAUUGUUGGUAUGAUGUUUAGCCCUUCACUACAAACUGAUUUUGCACAUAAAAAACAUCCCCAAAAUCACAGUAUUUUGGGCGUCCUGGAAAGUAAUGUUUACAUUUAUUUUUUUUGCUUCAGUUUGUAUAGAUAGCACAUUGUUUAAUGGAAAUAAAAACGGAAAAAAAUAUUUGUUGGACCGAAACACUUUGAGAAAAUCAUGUCAUAAAUAAUGAAGUUACCAAUAAGAACACAGUGUUGUAAAUAAACAACAUUUCUCAGUAUAUAGUUUAAAGUUUACAUCCUUUUCCAUAAGGGAACUAUCAUAAAACCAGACACUUGGAGUGUCACACUAAAGUUUUGCAGGACCUCUUGGUCUUUUAUAUUUGAAAGCGAUUGUCAUCAAUUACUUUUAUGCUUUAAGAAUUAUACAGCGCUGCAGGAAAUGCUGGUGCUUAUAAAUGAAUAAUAUUUAAUUAUAUGCGUUACUUUCUGUGCCUGCUGUGUAUGGAAGAGGAAGAGGGACACUGAUAAGUACUUACAAGGGAAAUUAUGAGAAACAAAAUAUUUUCGACAUGUAAUACAUUAAUAGUUUUAGAGUACAUUAAGGACAUAAAGAGAUACACAAAGGAGAAAUUAAUGACCGUUGAAUAAAUCGUUAGAAACGAUUAGGCAAUUGUUACUCUGUGUCAUAGAAAAACUAUCUGCAUGUUAAACACUAAGAGUACAAAGAAUACAGUGGGACAGUUAGCCACGGCCAAAACAUCAUUAAAUAGCAUUUAUCCCCCCUCCUCCCCCCGAAUCUUUGCUAAUGACAAAAAGAAGCAGGCAGUCUGUCUUUGAAAGUUGUGAAUACUUUGCACUUUUCAAUGCAUCCAUUUCAUUUUUAAAAGGUGCCAUAUAUUUGGCCUCUCAGUUGGUUGUACAAGCAGAUUUCAUAAGAAUUCCAAGAUACCUAGUGGCUUCUUUGAAGUUGUUGUCUUGUCUCUAGGUGCAGAGCUUCGGUGCUAUUGUAGAUCCAGUGGCAAGGGAUGAGUACAAGAGGAUCACAGAGACUAUGAGCAACGAGUUGAAAGCUGUGAGAUACAAUGGCCGUUACUUUGAUCGAACAGAACAGAAGGCUAAUCGUCUUUGUACUUCGGAAGGAUGGUUUUCUUGCCAAGUAAGACACAUUUUCAAUUUACAACAUUACUAAUGAAACGGCAGAAAGCACAGAUUUCUGCCAAGGGCAAGAAAAAUAUAUAUUUAAAAAAAAAAAGGGGAAAACAUUUAGGAAAUAAGAAAAAAUCUGAAAGUCUGAAAAAAUGUGCACAUGUUAAGAAAUGUAGUUACCAAAAUAAGGGCCAUGCUAUGGUAUUUUUUAUUCAGUUAUAUUUCAUUCAGUGCUGUUGCUUGCAAUAUAAUUUACAGGAUAAUUUUAGAACUUUAAAGUUGUUUCAUUAUAGAAUGGCAGAAUCAUGGCUUAGCAAUAAUAUAAAAAACUAAAACCACUGGAUUCAAAAUACACCAGCAUACCUGCUAUCUUUCCUAAUUGUUAAAGAAGCACACGUGCGUUUAUGGACAUUGCUGUAGGGCAGGGGUGCCCAAUAGGUAGAUCCCAAAUGUUUUAAAACUACAGCUUACAGGAUGCUUUGUCAUUCUAAAAGCAUGCAAAGCAUAAUGGGAGUUGUAGUUCUACAACAUCUGCGGUCUACAUUUUGGGCACCUCUGCUCUAGGGGGUGAGAUGGGGCAAAACAUUCCCAAGAUUUACUUAAAGGACCACUCUAGGCACCCAGACCACUUCAGCUUAAUGAAGUGGUGUGGGUGCCAGGUCCCUCUAGGAUUAACCCUUUUAUUUAUAAACAUAGCAGUUUCAGAGAAAACUGCUAUGUUUAUAAAUAUUCUAUGUUUCUAUUGAUUAUAUAUAUAUGGAUGUGUGGAUUGACAUAAGUAACAGAUGGUAUCAAUAAGUCACAAGGCUUUCUUUGUCCGAGAGCUCUGGAAUGUUGAUUUCCUUAUAUGGCAAGAGUUCUGCUCUGACGUCAGUAUGGGCACUUCUGUAUGGUAACAGAGGGGCACGAGGUCGCUUUGUCUCUCUUGGCUAUUGGCUCUCUCUGGCUCUCUCUCUCUCGAUGUAAAGAUGUAAGGAUGUAAAGAAGUCCAGCAAUUACCACCUGCUGUUGAAUGUCCAUUAUCCUGUAACAUCAUUUGUUGUUUUAUUAUGUAUCCGUAACUAAGAAUAAACCUGAAGAAACCGGAAGUCAGAUUGCGUAUUAGUACUUUUCAAUAAUAUAGACAUAUAUUAUUGUGGCGAGCAUUUGGCCCAAGACUAUAUAUACAAAAGACGUGUGUGUGUGUGUGUGUGUGUAUAUAUAUAUGUAUAUAUAUAUAUAUAUCAAUCCACUGAAGAAAUUAAGAAGAUUUAACAGUGACGAUUCUAAACCAGAUUUUACACUCAUUGACAGCCGCUAGAGGCGUUUGCAUGCUUCUCACUGUGAAAAUCACAGUGAGAAGACGCCAGCGUCCAUAGGAAAGCAUUAUAAAUGCUUUCCUAUGAGAACGGCUGAAUGCGCGCGCAGCUCCUGAAGAGGAGGAUCGGAGGAGGAGGAGAGCUCCCCGCCCGGUGCUGGAAAAAAGGUACGUUUAACCCCUUUCCUCUCCCCAGAGCCCGGCGGGAGUGGGACCCUGAGGGUGGGGGCAUCUUCAGGGCACUAUAGUGCCAGGAAAACGAGUAUGUUUUCCUGGCACUAUAGUGGUCCUUUAACUCCUCUAGGACCAACAACAUGUCAAGAUGUUCUAAUAACAAAUGUUUGCCUAAACCUUGUCCUAAAGAAUGUAAGUAGCAUCCUAGUCUAAAUUUCAUAUUAUAGGUAAAAUUACUGGGAACAAGUGUGAAAAAAAGAGACACGCCUUGUCUAAAUGAUGUUGUUUCAAACAAACUCAACCUUUUCAGCUAUUCACCAAAGGCAAAUUAAAUUAGCAUCAUCAUACAGAAUUCAUUUCUCUUAAGCACUUAAAGUCUAAAAGGAAUGAUCUUAUUGGGGUGACGGUGCUGCAAGUGGUUUGCUGCGAGAUGCGGUGCCAAAGUCGGGAGAUCGGCCGCCUCUCCCAGAUACCGGGCUAUCGGUGUCGUGGGAUCUCGAGGUCAAACAAAGUAUGUAGCCAAAGUGGCCUCCCCUAUUCAGGUGUAACAAGUAGCUAGUUUCAAGAUUUGCAAUUCACGAGUGGCUUAGGAACCCAAAUGGCACAGAUUUCUGUAUAAGUGACAAUAUUUUAGAUCAGUGCAGCAGGAGCUAAUACAAAAUACAUCCGGCCAUCUUACGUGCCAGGUAAUAACUAACUGCUAAAUAACUUGUCUGUUAAGUAUAACUAACUACUAAAUAACCUGUAUUCUGAUAGUAAUUUACUGCUACCUUACUUAUCUGCUAUUUAUAAGUUAGUGCUAAUUAUAACUUACUGCUUGCUUACUUGUGUGUAAUUUUGGGACCUGUACUGUCUUUCUCCCAACCUGUGCCUGUGACCUGUGCUGUAUGUAAUUCUGUCCACUAGAACUGCAGCUUGGGAUAAUUGUGUAUCUCUGAUUCAGGAAAGCCUUUGGGUAGAGGCAUAACAAGGGUUUUGGGCGGCCCAUUAGUUAACAAAACAUAAACUUUAGAAUCACCCUUGGCCACAACCAAGUAUUACUGAGCAAACAGAAUGCAACUCUUAAAGGGACUCUCCAAUGCCAGGAAAACUAUUUUCCUGGCACUGCAGGUCCCCUCUCCCUCCCACCCCCCAUCCCAUGUUGUUAAAACCCCUUCAGUGACUUACCUGUAUCCAGCGCCGAUGUCCCUCGGCGCUGGGUCAGGGUCUGCCCACACUCCUAUUGAGCAUGCGCAUUAGAUCUCCCAAUGGGAAGCAUUGAAUAAUGCUUUCUUACGGGGAUUUCACUAACGCUGGAGUUCCUUACAUAGCGUGAGGACGUCCAGCGAGGUUAUAGCACACUUUUCUUGUUCUAUGAGCACGGAAGUGUCCUCUAAUGGCUGUCUAGUAGACAGCUACUAGAGGAGUACUUAACCCUUCAAGGUAAAUUACACUUGCAGGGUUAAGGGUAGUGGGAGUUGGCACCCAAACCACUCAAAUGGGCAGAAGUGAUCUGGGUGCCUAUGCUUGCUUUAUUAAAUAAAUUGGGGGUAGUGCAAAAAGAAAAGAAUGCAACCUGUUAAAAUAUACUUAAAUCCUAGAGGAGUAGGAAAAGGGUAAACUGCUCCUGGAUAAAGAGUCUCCCAUAAUAUCCACUCUGAAAAUACUUUAUUAAUUACCAACAUAAAAACGAUAUAUCAGGAGGCAACACCAGGGCAGGACCCUAAAAUAUCAACAAGUAUCAGCUCAGCUAAUUGGAUCAUAAGGUGAAACCACUUCAGAGCAACACAAAAAUUGGCAGUAUCGGCUAUAGAUAUAUCUCCAAACAAACUGACUAAAUAGCUCUAUUGGAUCUAUCGCCUAAACGGUGUGCUGAGCUGAAACCAGAAAAAUAGGUGGUGUAGGAGGUACAGAGUAGCUAAUGAAUGAUAGUCAUUAGACAACAGAGGACCAUACAUAUGGUCUCUAGAUAUAAGUAAAGUAGAGGUUAGUAGAGCAAUCAGCUAUAUAGGAAAAAGCAUGAGCGGAUCACUGGCUUCGCUGAAUUUAGUCUAACAGCAUCAAUAGCUACAUAGUAUCCCUAAUGCUCCUAGGAAACACCUUCAUGGGUGUUCUAAUGCUUUCCCUAGGUAGCUGUGUCAGAGUCAAGCACCCCCCAGACCACCCUUGUCCUACUAGGAUCUAAGUUAACAAAAUCAGGAAAUGAGUCUCCCCACUCAAUGGAAAAUGUGAUCAGGUGUGUAGGUAGGUUCCAAUAGGGGGGCAGCAUGAUACUCUGCCAAACCACCCCUAGCUCCUCCUAUCCUGAUCACAAUAUUGCCGGUUACCCAAUCCAGGGUGUAAUUUUCAUGGAUCGGUGGGACAGUAUUACUAAUGGGCGGUGAAGAGUAUCAUCAAGUCCGCCCAAGGGAACCUCCCACAUUGCGGUUGUCAGCCGUAUAUUUAUACUGCGAUGGGCGUGUAGAUGAAAGGGCUAUAGGUACAUCAUUGUCCCACUCCGCCCUUUGUUCGUCCCUCCUAUGAUCGAUCACAUAAGGACCCAUCCAUGGUGGGCGUGUAUUGAAACAAUUACAUACACGCCCCCACCAUCUAUCUCUUAACUACCAUUACGGCAGAGAGGAGGAUGUAAGUCAUAUGCAGGGAAGAUGUGACUAGGCUGCAUAAACAAAGUCAUUUAACACCUAGCAGAGAAUUAAGCAAUUAGACUGCAGGGACAUCACCUAUACACCAAAACCACUCCAUUAAGAUAAAGUCUUAAGAUAAAGAUUAAGUGUCCCUUUGUCAGGAUUACAGAAUGAUCCAGCACGUAGAAUUGUGUAACACAGAGGACUGAUAGGUAACGUAUACCGGACCUUAGAAUGGCCGCACUAACAUAUCAAAAAAUAGUCAGGAAUAGCCGAGGUCAAGGGAAACAGAAAGAGACACAACGAUAAGGAAAAGCCAGGAGUCAGGGAUGCCAGAAAACAGGGAAGUCAAAAACAAUGCCAAAGUCAAAUAACCAGAAUAACCAGAAUCAAUACCACGCUCUCGGACAACCACAAGGGAAACAACGACAGGGCACUGAGCAGGAUGAGAACUGGGCCUAAAUACCCCUCCUCUAGGUCUGAUAGGCUGUAACCGGCCUUGGACCCCAAAGGCAGUUACCAGGUUACAUUUGCAUAAUUGCUGCUCAUCAUUAACCCUUCUGUGGAUUUGGUUGCUGCUCGGCACAACUUUUCCUGUGUGGACAGUAAAUGUCAUUAACCACAUUUUUAUAAGCGGAUGAAUACGUGACACCCUUAAGCCGUAAACCAGGAGAUUAUCAAUUGUUUUGUUCUAAUUAUGUGUGUUUAUGUAGUAACUUGUACAUCUCUGCUGAACAUGUUGGACACAUCUUUCCCAUACAUUAAACUGUUUGUUUUGCAAAACGCUAAGUGUUCAUUUCCAAUAAAACCAAGUUACAUUUGUAAAUCCUUAGUUAUGAAUCUGUUUUUCCUCUUGUUAAUGAAACUUUGUUUAUGAAGUUUUAUAUAUUUUCUAUAUCUUAACAUGCAUACAUGGAAUGAAAAACUCAAGCAAAUUGUCUUCCAGGGUCCGUUUGAUGUUGAGGCCUGCAUUUCAAAGCACUCCAUUAAUCCCUACAGUAACAGAGAGAGCCGAAUUCUAUUCAGUACAUGGAAUCUGGACCACAUGUAAGUUUAACUUAGAUACUAAAGUGGAUCUAUCACAAAUAUGGUAUUGCUAGUUGUAUUAUUGCCUAUAAUAUGUCUGAGGCACCAGGUGACGUUGGAGGGGGCGGAGCGAGGCGCUGGAAUUGGUAAGUACAGUAAGGGCAUUUCAACUCUUUCUAUGCUGGGUGGGGGGGUUCGAGGGAGCUAUAGUGCUAGGAAUACAACUUUUCUUACACUCAUAUGUAAUUGCAUCUGUUAAACUGAAUAAAUAUGGAGAUAUUGCAAGGGGAUUAGAGAAAUAAUAGGAAUACAAUUUUAAUAUGAAAGAGGUGACUUAUGGUUGAAUAGACAUAUAGCACAAAUUCAAGGUUUUGUUUUGGUCAGAACUUGUACAUUUGCUCUGUACUUAAGGAGUCAACCAUAAGGUGACAUUAGGUGCAAGGGCGGAUCCAGAGCCUUAUCUCGGUGGCACUCAUAGAUUAUUUAAAGAAACAAUUCAGGCACAAUAACCACUACAGCUCUCGGUAGUUGUUUUGGUGCCCGAGUGCCGUGGACAGUUUGACAAUUUACCUGGGGUCUGCCAGGAUAGGGUCUGUAGUAGGGCACAGGGCUCUAGUAAUGUGUUUGUGUGUGUGUGUGGUGCAGUAUGUGUGUAUGGGAGGCAGUGAGUGUGCGAGGGGUGCAGCGUGUGUAUGUGAGACAGUGUGUGUAUGGGGGUGCAGUGGAGCACUGUGUGCUUGGGAGUGCAGUGUAUCCUUUUCCCACGAGUGGCCAGAGGGGGCACUGUGCUGGGAGGAAUUCCUCCUGGGUCAGCACAGGGGAGAGACAGGGAGAGGUUGCACAGAGGCAUCCAGACAGCUGCUGGUAAGUGAGUCAGUGUGUGUGGUUCAGUCUGUGUGUGGGGGUGGGGAGGUUCAGUCUGUGUGAAUGGGUCAGUCUGUGUGUGUGUGUGGUUCAGUCUGUGUGUGGGGGUGGCGAGGUUCAGUCUGUGUGAAUGGGUCAGUCAGUCUGUGUGUGUGUGUGUGUGUGUAUGGGUCAGUCUGUGGGUUUGUAUGGGUCAGUCUGUGUAGGUGCCUGAGCUUCAAGAGAGAUACCUCUCAUCUCGUGACCUCCCCUCUAACCGAUGGAUAGGCAGCCUUUUUAACCACCACGAAUCUGAUUGUGCCACCCCCUCCCUGCAAGGUAAAAUCAGGGAAAGGGGAAUAUUCUUUAAAAAAAAAAACAAUUAUGAAAGUAAAAAUUGUAAAGCUCUUCCCUAUCCCACUCUCUACACCCCCCUGAACACAGUACACCCUAACAGACCGUAAACCCCCACAUACAGUACACUCCAACCAACACAGAGUACACAUUCGCAUACACACACAGUGCACCUAUCACACACAUCAUCUCUUCAACCACAUAUACACUUCUUCCUUCUUCCACAUACCUUCACCCCCACACACAUACAUACAUACAUACAUACUUCACCCCAUUACACACUGAAUCUCAUGUAUAUAUUUAUAUAUACACACACAUAUACAUACACACUACAACUCCUUGUUAAGCACACAAUGCAACCCCAAUACACAUACACUCACAAUGCAGCCCCUAGAUGCACACGCAAACACUUUACAGGCCCUUUCAGCACACACACAAUCUCAAAAGCUCCUAUACAUGAGCAUGUGCUCACACUACAGUCCCUAGUUACACAUAGUACACCAUAACCAGACUCCUAUAUACACACACACACUUCACCACAGCCCCUUCUAAACGCCAUGGAAAAUUAUAUCUUGCAUCUCCUGAAAAUGUUUUCCAGUUUCUGUGAAAAGGUGUCUUGUCUUGUGUAAUAAGGAAGGCGUAGCGGUGGAACUACAGGCAGUGCUGGUGUUUCGCUUUUACACCAGGGCCCAUCGAAUGGCCUGUGCAAUUAGGUCCACCUGAUGGGUAUGUGUCGUCAGGGGCCCAAAACAGUUUUUGCACCAGGGCCCACUUUACAUUAGUACCGCCACUGUGUAGUAGCUUCCUCUGCACACAAGCUCUGCCCCUGCAUGGAAGAUCGCCUCACCGUACGCAAGCCCGCCCCAAUGUCUGACUGAGACACACACUGUGACAGGCAUACACUCUCUGACUGAGACAUACACACUCACAAAUUGGUAAUUUUAUUUUAAUUUUAAUCCACCCAGACUUCCUACUUUUGGGAGAGCUGAGUGGAUCUUUCCCUGGUGUCCAGUGUGUCUAUCUUCCUGCAGUUUCUCUCUGCUUCCCUGUGCGCUCUCUUUAGUGAUGCCGGGGCCGGAGUGACAUCAUGUCACUAAACAGCGUGCAAGGGAGCAGAGAGGAACUGCAGGAAGGUUACUGCUCCCUCGCAUGCCGCCUCCAUGCUCCCCGAGGUGGCCAGCUUUAAUGUUUCCUGAGCAGCUUAGCAAAGGGCUGACAAAUGCCAGGUGCCAGGGCAAAAUGUCUAGUAGCCAUGGCAACCUGGGAUUUGUUGAGCCCAGUGUAUUUAUGUGUGUGUGUGUGUGUGUAUAUAUAUAUAAUAUGAAUCCUGGAGAUGCCACUGGGGUCAGAUUCUUUUUAAUCUGUUUAUAAAUGUAACGGACCAUUCUGCACACGAGGUUAAAAACCGUUUAGGCGAUAUUCCCCUUUUCAGAUGCACGGACAGCUACUGCAAGCACCAAUCUCCCGAGCUGCAAACUACAUGAAUCCUCCAACUCCCGAACCAGAAACACACGAAUACUGGAAACAGACGAGAAGGAAAAGCAUACAAUCAGCUUACACUCCUGGCAAUCCGUAUACAAUCCAAUUCCCCCCAAGAACGAGACGACACUUCAUUUUGAGGGUUUACUGGGGCUACCUGCCCGGCUUUUAAGGACCAAUCACAGAUUUACACAUUUCAACAAUCCCACAAUGCAUCACAAUCCAAUUGUCUCCAAGGACAGAGUCAAAACACCAUUACACACAUUUUCAGUAAAAAGACAUAAAAUUACAUACGGUUACCUUUAUCACAUAAAACACACACAUUCUACAUAUCCCCAGAUAGCUUAGAUCUGAGCACACAUUAUUACCGAAUGGCGCUGAGAUCACAUACAUACAGUUCAAUAGCCAUGGCAUAGCUAUCUGGGGUGAUGCUGUUCAUACGGUCAGUCAUUCGGUUCAAUUAAUGGCACACUCCAGUUCCCAGGUGGUUGAUCGUUCGGUAGAUUGAAUCUACCAAACACCCCGGCAGAAAAGCACGAAUACGGCUUUCUGCAGGGAAAAUAAAAGGUUUUAAAUGCCGGGCCAUAGUCUAAAGGGAGCAGGCGAGCAACCAGGCUUCUCCAGUGGACAGUGGCGAGGCUGGUUCCGCCACAUUUUUCCCCUUUACCAUCCAGACUAACAGGGUAUCUGAUCUCCUGUCGGUCAGUGCCCUGGUUAGUCCAGCAACCGACCCACAAAACAGAAUCUGCAGUAUAACCCACCCACCGGAAUUGGUUACUACACGUGGGGUAGUGGGUCGCUUUUCCAUGUCCAGGAGCUCAGUGGGUUGCUGAGUGGGCAGAGACCAGUGGUACUCUGCCCUGGUACCAGCGCUACCAUGGGAGUAGCCUGGUUGGAGCCCAACUGAGGAGAAGGGGUAGUAGUCUCCUCACCCUGGACCUAGUGUUGCUGCUGGAGGGGAAGACAUGCUGUCUCCCCUUUGGAUAACCAGCCCUGCUGCUGGGGGACAGGACCGACCGUCCCGACCCCCUGUGGUUUGGGCACAGAGACCACGGUCCUAUCUGCACCGGUGUGGGGCUUAUCAUCUCCCCUUGGUGGGCUAGGCUGCUGCUGGGGAGGGGGAACGAGGCUCUCCCCUCCCGGUAGAAAACUCUGCCGCUUGGGAGCUUAAUACUCUGCCAUGGUCCCAUCUGCGCCGGUGGGGAGCUUAAUGUCUCCCCUUGGUGGGCUACGCUGCCGCUGGGGAGAGGGGGUAACAAGCUCCUCUCCCUUACACUCUCUCUGCUGGUGGAGAGGAGGACCGACUGUCUCCCCUUUCAAUAUAUUGUCCCGCUGCUGGAGAGCGAGACCAAUGGUCUCUGCUCCCUGCCGGACACACUGCCGCUGGGGAGGAAGGACGGCACCUUCAGCUCCCUGGGACUCACUUGACCGCUGGGGAGAGGGACCAACUGUCUCCUCUCCUAAGAACACACACUGCUGCUGGGGAGGAAGGAUGGCACCUUCAGCUCCCUGGGAUACAUACUGCCGCUGGGGAGGAAGGACAACACGAUUCUCUCCCUGUAACUUGCUCGGCUGCUGGGCUUUCUUCCAACCUGCCAACUCAUGUGCCCGCUCUGCUUUGAUCUGCAGGUACUCUUCCACGUGUCUCCUCACGAGCUGCACAGAUCUCUCCGGGGGGUUGGGUCCAAAGAAAUCCAGCCGCGAUCUCAGCUCUCUGUCAAACUCCUCCUGAGUGUAGCUGUCGCACUGUCGCUGGGGAGGAAGGACAACACAUUUCUCUCCCUGUAACUUGCUCGGCCGCUGGGGUCUCUCCCAACCUGCCAACUCACGUGCCCGCUCUGCUUUGACCUGCACGUACUCUUCCACGCGUCUCCUCACGAGCUGCACGGAUCUUUCCGGGGGCUUGAGUCUGUAGAAAGCCAGCCACGAUGUAAACUCUCUGUCAGACUCCUCCUGAGUGUAGCUGGUGUGCCAUGCUAGCUCUGCUGAAGUUGCUUCUUUUGUAGAUAGGGGCGCUGUAUGGGUACUAGUGUUGCCCUCAAUUUGUGACUCCACAAACUGGUGUUGUCUUGUAGCUGUCCUUCUGGGCUGUGGGAAUGAUCCCGUCGCUUGCCACCAAUUGUGGAUCACCUGGCACCCCAACUGGGUACCUCCGUUGAUGGAUGCUCCUAGCGCUUCUUGAGGAUUCCAAGCACUCUAGCCGACACUACAACCACCGCAGGCCGAAUCUCUCUUCCUUCAGAGCAAAGCAGGAACAAGCUCUUAAAAGAGCUUAGGAGUGAUUAUAGCAAAGGAAUAUGCAGAGCAUCCAUAUUGAGGGUGAAGUAGAACUGUCUAAAACUUUAUUUUACUUGGGACUAGCCCAUAUGGUCAUUACAUUAACAUUGCUGUGAAAACUCAAUAAAAUUACAAACAGUCAAAUCAUAGCAGGCAACAUACAGUGACUUAUUAUAAGAUAAUUACAUAUUUAUAAAUGGGUGGGGAAGACAAUAAUUAACAUAAAAUGUCUCUCCUGCAUGCAGAAUUAGCGAUAUGCAAAUCUACCCGAAUAUGCAAAUUACCAGUCUUGCUAUUCAGGUAGUGCAUAUUACUGUUGCUGCCAACAGAGGGCACUACACAAGCUCCAUAGCCAAAUCCACCUAGUUGGUAGCAAACCUCAGCAGUACAGGAGUGCAGGCAAUACAUUCCAGGUACCAUAGUCACAUGGCAGGAGGCUGGCAAUCAGUCUUCUCCAAUGCUCAGUGGCGAGGCUGGUUCUGCCACAAUAAAUGAUCUUGAAGUGAGCAUUGAAAGCCAUGUGUGUACAGAUGAGAUAAAACUGGAUGAGAUAAUACAGUCUGAACAUGAUAUAACUUUUCAAUAGAGGCAUUUGGAUAAAUUGGUGAGAAUCAAUAGGGGGAAUAGAAAACUAUUUUCUUUAGGAAAAAGGUGCCUCAGAGGAUAUGAUAGCACUAUACAAAUAUAUACAAGGUCAGUACGAACUGCUAUCUUGUAUCCUGUUCAUUAGCACAAAAUACAAGAGGAAAGAGGCCACCCACUACAGUAGAUGAAAGGGUUCUUUAUUGUAAGAACAAUAAAGAUGUGGAAUUCUCUACCUAAAGUUGUUCUCUUAUCAUAUUCUACAGUUUUUUUUUUGUUUUGUUUUUUUAAAAAGGCCUGGAUGUUUUUAUUUUUUUUAUUUUUUUUUGUAAAAAGAAAAUAUUUUAUUAACAUGUUUUUAUAAAAAAGACAAAAAAAUAUAGAUAUAAAGGAUAUAGAAAUUCCCUAUAGAACGUGGAGGAACCCGAAGAUAAAACAACUUUUAAAUAAAUUUUAAGUUUUAUCUUCGGGUUACUCUACGUUCUGUAGGGGUUUUAUAUAUCCUUUCUAUCCCUAUGUUUUUUGUCUUUUUUAUAAAACUGAUCACAUUAGGGGUAAACCCUCAUUCCUGCAUAUAAAUUCAAAUACUUAAAUACCUUAAAUUUGUUUUCUAUAAUUAAUAUGUAUUUGAACAGUUUGUUGAUUCAAAGAGUCAUUAUGGAGUCAAAAAGAUUGUUUUCCUUUUUGCAUGGCAUAAUUGGAAAUUGUUUUUUUUUUUUGCCUUCAUUUGUCUCAACAGCAUAAAAUAAUUGGUUUCAAGGUUGGACUUGAUGGAUUCAGGUCUUUUUUUUCCAACCUAGAUUAUUAUGUAACGAUGCAAGGCUUCCAUAAGGAAAAAUGUUUUAAUAAAAUGAAGGAAAAAUAUUUUAAACAUUGAAUAUACUGCCUGUUAGAUUUUUGUACAUACGUGCACAUAACCCUUUAAUAGUUUAUAGUAAACUUCAAGUGUGAUUAAUGGAAUACAGAACUGAAUGGUUAUAAUUAAAGGGACACUAUAAUCAUCAAAACAACUUUAGCUUAAUGGAGUGGUUUUGGUGUAUAGAUCAUGUCCCUGUAGUCUAACUGCUAAAAUCUCUGCCAGUUAAAAGUUAAAUCGCUUUGUUUAUGCAGCACUAGUUUGGCCUCCCUACACAUUUCGUAAAAUCAUCGGUCAGGACUAUUUCAGACCUCAAGAUCAUGUGAUGUUGCUUUUCCUUUACUUGAAAAGUAAAAGUGAAUACUGCUUAAUAUAUCCAACAACAAACGUAAAAAAAACUGUCACAAAGGCUCAUCUUUGCUAUUGACGUUUAAGGUACAGUAAAGAUGAUAUCAAGAAUUACAUUUAUCACAUCUGCAAUAGCUGGUAUAAAAUAGAUAUUUUGUGGAAAAGAACACAAACAGGGAGCUGAUGGAAAUUCACCAGAGAAUUGCAAAUUUAAAGAGGCUCCCAACCCCUCACUCCUGUAAAAUGUGUAUUUCAUAAAAAUAAAAUUUUUAUGAAUACUCGCAUUUACUGUGUUGGAAUUUCACUGAAAUAAACUGAUAUUCCAACACAGUCAAAAAAUAUACUAAGACAAAGUUGGGAUUCUCUUUUCAGGGCCGGUGCAAGGAUUUCCAUUUUGCCGCCCCCUCAUGUGACUCUUUCACUGACAGACACAGACACACUGACAGACACACUCACUCACUCACUGACAGACACACUCACUCACUCACUGACCAACACAAAACAGAAACUCACUGACAGACAUACUCACUGACAGACACACACACACAAACUGACACUCACUGAAAGACAUACACUCACUCACUGACAGACUCACUGACAGUCAAACACUCACUGACAGACAUUCACUCACUCACAUGCACACUGACAGUCAAACACUCACACACUCACUGACAGACACACACACACACAGGCAGACACUCACUGACAUACAUACACUUACAGGCAGACACACACAAUGAUAGUCAAACACUUACACACUCCCUGACAGACACAGGCAGGCACUCGCUGACAUACAUACAUUCACUCACUGACACACACAAACACACACACACACUGACAGUCAAACACACACACAGGAACACACUCACUGACAGUCAAAGACACACACAGGAACACACUCACUCACUGACAUACAUACAUUCACUCACUGACAGUCUGCAAGAAGAGCCUCUCUCGCCGCCUGCCUGCCUGCCUCUUCUCCUCCCACCGGCAUUCAUUGGCAGAGCAGGCACCUGCCAUCAGGGUAAGCAGGUACCUGCUCUGCCAUACCAAAAAAAUGACAGCUUAUGGCCACCUCCUGGGCCCCCGAUGACAAAGCUCCUCCGGGGGCCCUCAUUUUCAGAUGCCUGGAGGAUCAGCUCGGUGCUGAGGGGGGCGGCUCUAGAGCCGCUCGCCCAGCGCUGCAGCUCAGGACAGGGGGAGCCCACCAGGAAAUAUCCCGGUGGGCGCCCUAGUCGAAUGCCUAGUUCGGCUAACGGUGGUGCCGACUCUGACUCUUGUUUUAGUAUAUUUCCUAUGCCUGCCAAAACUUAUCAAAAGAUGGAGCUUUGAAGACCUUUGCGGCAACUGUGAGGGACAGGUUCAGGGAAGUAAAACUCACCUUUCCCUGCGCCACCGGAGCAGUCACCAUCAGGGUCUUUGCUAAUUAUGCAAAGACAGAAGACGAUGACAGAGCCAAAAUAAAACCAUAGUAGCUAGUUGGAAGAAUAGCUGAGCUGAAGAUUUUUUUUUUUCCAUUUUGCCUAAAAUUUGCAGUUUUAUGGUGAAUUUAGGACAAGUUACAAUUAAUGAGAAAACUUGAGAAUGUGGCGCUGUUUAGUUCUGUCUCUGUGUAAUAGUUCAUUUUCCUUUUUAUUCCAAUUAUCUUUCAGAAUUGAGAAGAAGCGAACUAUUGUGCCCUGCCUGGUUGAAGCUGUGAAGGCAUGCAAUGGAAGAGAAAUAAACUGGCAAUAUUUUUACAAUUUGCUCUUCACAGUAGAAAACAUAAAGCUCGUUCAUAUUGUGUGCCAUAAAAAAACUUCGCAUAACCUGUCUUGUGACUCCUCCAUGAUCUAUGGCAAAAGAAAAAAGCUCAAACGACUUAAGAAGUGAAAGGUAUCAAAGACUUGGUACUUUUCUUUAAUUUUUUUUAUUUUUUAUUUUAAUUUUGUGCAGUAUUUUUGCAGUACUUGAAUGUCCAUUGCAGUGGUACUAAGAACCUCUAUUUAAAUGUGCACUGGGAUUAAGGAGAACGUGCAAGUAAUCUUUUUCAUAUUAUGUAUGGGUUAAUGACUAUUAUAGCAUUGCUGCCACCAAGAAUUAGUGGAAGUAUGAGCACAAACAUUAUUCAUUUGUUUUUAUUUUAUACAAAGUAUUUAGUACUUUUGUGUGUCCCUAUUGUUUUAUAAAUGUGCUAAAUGUGUAUUCCCUAUCUUCCUUAUUUAAGGCAGACCUAAUUAAUUUUCGCUGAUAACCUACUACCUCCAAGAGCCUUUUCAAUGCUCUCCAGCAAGCGUCCGCUUAACCAGUCUGUACAUUGAUAGAAUGUAGAUAUUAUGGAUUUGACUUAUAAACUGUUUAGCUUCCCUGUUCCCAUCACAAAACCUGUUUUCUAUUAUUAUAUAGUUUGUGCAGCAGUUUUCUCCUUAGCAAUGAAAAGGGCACUCCAGAUCGAAUUUAAAGGUAAAUUAUGUCCAAAGAAUAAUUUAUGUGUAGUCAUAUUUAAUCAUUUUAUGUCUUCUAGUAAUCCCUGCCCUUUCAUUUGUCGAAACAUUAAAUUUCUUACCUUAUUUCCUGCACCGUGCCACAGUCCUUGCAGCUGACAAGUUCUUUUCCUGUGUCUUCAGAAGGUUGUCUUUAGUCCACACCUUCACCUUCUGCAAAAUGCCUCAGACGUCCACCAACUUUUAUUCUGGCAUCGGCACUUUCUGGUUUUAUCAAACCUGGAAGAAGAACCCUUUCCCUUGGUUUGUAAUCCUUUCGAUUUACAACGAUCCUUAGAGUUACCGACUGUUUUCAUCUCUGUCGAAAAUUUUCUUUCCAGUGUGGCUGAAAAUGCUUGUUUCAUUUAAAAUCCGUUUCCUGAGGGAGUAGGUUUUUAGUAUCCAAAAUGUGUUUUAUCAUCCAAGGCUGAACCAAACAACUUUCCUGGUUCAAAGUGAUGUUAACACAGUAUCAGCAGACCAGGGUUUUAACCAGACAGCUCUAUGGGCGACAGAGGAGACACCCAUAUUCCUUGCAGCUAAUAUAAGGAUCUGUCAUGUCACACAGAUGUUCAUUAGCCAAUCUUAUAUUUUUAAAAGGUUUUGCAGGAUCUCCAUUACUUUGGCCUGUGAGACACCCUUCCAGGUCUUGAAUCCAAACACUCUGGGUUCUGACAACUGUUGAGAUGAUGUAGCUUAAAAAAGUUAUAGUGAUUUCUUGUUGAGUGUAGGUAGGCAGUUGGAACAACCAGAACCAGAGUCUCUUCUUUCUGGUUGUGAUACUAUACAAAAUUGUGAAGGGAAGCCAUUUAGAUUAGAAUGCGUCAAUAUGAAAAAUUAGAGGACACGAACUACUAGGAAAGAAAGAGAUGAGUUGGGUUUUUAAAUUAAAUAACCUGGCACCUUAUGGGUUAAAUGUAAAUUUUGAUCUUUUUCAUUAUCUCUGACUACUCUAUACCCGCCUAUUACGGUGCAUUUUUAUAUUUCCCUUUUAGUUGCAUGGUUUUAUCACGUAUUUCCAUUUUGAUAUAUUGCUUUUGCGCAAAUGAAAUAUUUGGAUUUGCUGGUUGCCUUACAUUUUGCUGGGGUGUCUGCAUCUUACCUCCCUUCUCCAUCUUUUCAGGUGAUUUUGGGGUAGACAUCUCUAAAAAAAUGUGUGUGUAUAUAAAAAUCAAGUACAGGGGAAGAUAACCCAGUAAGGAUUGGGUUUGCUAUCCUGAUAAGUGGAGGGAGUGUGGAAAUGAUAUGCUAAAUUGUGCUCAACUGGUCCAGUACUGUAUCAGAAGCUAAAUAGAAGAAACACUAGAUUAAUAUUGGGGGGACCAGGAGCUACUAUUUAGGAUAAACCUUUCUUUUCUCUCACUAUCUCUCUCCUCCCAUAUUAUACUAUUACAUUUAUUUUAUAUCCUAAAUAGUUCCUGCUCCCCCCCACAAUUAAUCUAGUGUUUCUUUUAUUAUAUAUAUAUAUAUAUGUGUGUGUGUGUGUAUAUGUAUAUAUAUAUACUCACAUACAAGGUAGGUCUAAGUAACUAGUGCAAAUUACUAAGAAGGACCCAAAUAAAUGUAUGAAUAUGCAUAAUCCAAACCUUAACUGGCCUCAAGGAUGUGCUGUGGCUAGUGAAAAUGACCUUCCACUUAUGGCAAAUACCCUUUGCUGUCGAAACAGGCAUGAUUGAUUUUUAAAUGGCCUGGGCCUUUGAACUUUGGCGCCUGGAGACAAAAUUCUCAGUAGCGCAUUCGCAACAUCCUGGAACGCAUCGCCUCCCAGGCGUCAAUUCCAUUGAGAGAACACAGACGAAAGGCCUGUGUCUUUGCACCAUAACCACGUUAGUAAAAUUAAGUGGUAAUGGCAUUUAGAUUGACCCUUUAAGCCCUUUUUAUUUAAAAAAAAAAUUAAAAUUAGCAGAAAUGAAUUCUGCAUAUCUUUUAUAUAAUGAUCUUUUACUAUAACAGUUGCCUUUUUGCAGCUAGCCAGAGACUUCCUGUGAAAACUUCACCUAGAUUCCGUUUUAGGAAUUUACUUGAUGACUAAUCCUCGUGAAGUACUUAAACGUAGAGAAUCAUUCCCCUCCGCUACCACAUAACAUAUUUAACUGGUAUUUCAUUUUUUUUUUUUUAUCUGUACUGAUCACAAACUGAAACACUUGUGAUAUUUCUACAUCACCUCACAGUUACCAGAGUACGGCUAUAUCAGUUUCCGAUCAGUAAAACUGAAGCAAUUAUGGACACCCUAAGUUUUUGUUUGUUUGAAAUGUACAUAUUUAGGUCUGUAUAUCAAAAAAUAAUAAUAAUUGGUGCAGAGUCUGACACUUGUGUAAACAUGAUCAAAGUUCUCAGGGUAUAUGGCAAAAUCGUAUCUCACAUUUGUAUACAUUAACUGGAGCUUGUAUGAGGGAUUAAAAAAAAAGUGUUUGUUUUUUUUCUUUUAACUUUUUGUAUUUGUUUGUACAUAAUUUUAAAUAUUGCAAAUGCUGGCUAAAAAACUGUCACACUUAAAUUGAAUGUGGUCUGCCUAGAUUACACAGGGGAUAUAUUUACUCAAGACACAUGACAAUCUUAUAUUUUUCGCUUCGGUGUGUGCUAAUUUGGGAUUUUUUGAGACUAUGAGAUGUAUUAUGAUAUGCUAGUGACCCUUUCAUUUUGAGGGUAUUGUGCUUAAAAAUCUAAUUACCAUGUGAUGAAUUUAGAUAACUUUUGGGGGUCCUUAUAGAACAAUAUGUUUUGGUGGGCUGCUUUAUCAUUUGGGAAAUGUACAUAAAUAAAUGUUUUUUUUUUCGUUUCAUGAAAUCUGUUUUGUGCAAUUUAUAUAUAUCCUCUAUCAAACAUAUGCAGUAAACAAAUUGUUUGUGUGUGUAUAUAUUGUUGUGUUUGCAUUCUGUAUGUUGGACAGAAAAAAAAGUGUAUAGAAGUUUGAUGUAAUUAGGAAUUACAUAUAUAGGAAUUUGAUGUAAAAU